UUCAGGGAAAAAAAAAUUUUUUUAAAGUAUCGAUUCCCUAAGUUUCAGGGCUUGAAAACAAGUUUUGGGAAACUAUGAAAGAUAACGUGAAACGACUCCCCAAAGCUCGUAAUUGGUAGCUGCUGUAGCAAGAGACGUGUGUUGACAGUGUCCCCUGAUUCUCACACAGCUGUUUAUUCAGAUAGCAUGGGGGCGCGUUCAUUUACAUAAUAAAUUUUUUGGGAGCAGCAAGGUUGAGUCAGAGAGAGCAGGGCUCCUCUCAAUUGUUGCAUUUAAACCAAUAAGGUUAGGACAAGAGAAUAGCUGUGGUUUGCGUUGCAAAAACAAAAAAAAAAAGCCCCGAGGCUCCACGGGCAGACCUACAAGGCUGCGCAAACAAACCGAGAGAUGAGAUGGUGCUGUUUCUUUGUCUGGGCUUCUCAGAUGCUAUCAGCUGCUGCCGUUUAGAGAACGAAAGAGCGCGGGGCUCAAGGCGCUGGCUAAACAGACCGGUGGGAGCUGAUGGCUCCGAGUUUGGGGCGAGGUAGAAACUCUCCAGUGCCACUUCCGACUCGGAGCCUUCCUGUUGCCGUCCGGUGUGGCGGUUUUCUCGCCGGGGCCAGCGUGUGCGCUCAGUCGCUCGGCAGCCCGAGCCUGCAGCAGCGCCCAGGCGGCGGUCCCCGCGGCCCGGCUUCCCCCAGCGGACGCGCUCCGCUUCCAACAGCGCCGGGCUCCGCCGGGAGCCCUUAAGACCCUCUCUUGUCCUCCUCCAGGAGCAAAAACUAUGUCUGGAAUGGAGGUUUGCUAAACCAGAAAAUUCGAAGGAGCCCAGGAAACUGGUGGAUGCAGCAGAUGUAAAGCGCUGUGCAAACAUCUCAAACCAGUUCAGAUGUUGCUGUUUCCUCAAGUUGCAGGUCUAUGGAAAUGCAGGAUCUAACCAGCCCGCAUAGCCGUCUGAGUGGUAGUAGUGAAUCCCCCAAACUCGAUAACUCUCAUAUAAAUAGUAAUUCCAUGACUCCCAAUGGCACCGAAGUUAAAACAGAGCCAAUGAGCAGCAGUGAAAUAGUUUCAACAACAGCAGACGGGUCUUUAGACAAUUUCUCAGGUUCAGCCAUUGGGAGCAGCAGCUUCAGCCCAAGACCAACUCAUCAGUUCUCCCCACCACAGAUUUAUCCUUCCAACAGACCAUACCCACAUAUUCUUCCUACCCCUUCCUCACAAACUAUGGCUGCAUAUGGGCAAACACAGUUUACUACAGGAAUGCAACAAGCUACAGCCUACGCCACGUACCCACAGCCGGGACAGCCCUAUGGAAUCUCCUCCUAUGGUGCAUUGUGGGCAGGCAUCAAGACUGAAGGCGGAUUGUCACAAUCUCAGUCACCUGGGCAGACAGGAUUUCUCAGCUAUGGCACAAGCUUUGGGACCCCUCAACCUGGACAGGCACCGUACAGCUACCAGAUGCAAGGUAGCAGUUUUACAACAUCAUCAGGAUUAUAUACAGGAAAUAAUUCACUCACAAAUUCCUCUGGAUUUAACAGCUCACAGCAGGACUAUCCAUCUUAUCCCAGUUUCGGCCAGGGUCAGUAUGCACAGUAUUAUAACAGCUCACCGUAUCCAGCACAUUACAUGACGAGUAGCAACAGCAGCCCAGCAACGCCAUCCACAAAUGCCACUUACCAGCUUCAGGAGCCACCAUCCGGCAUUACCAGCCAAGCAGUCACAGAUCCCGCAGCAGAGUAUGGUACAAUCCACAGCCCGUCAACACCUAUUAAAGACUCAGAUUCUGAUCGAUUGCGUCGAGGUUCAGAUGGGAAGUCACGUGGACGGGGCCGAAGAAACAAUAACCCUUCUCCUCCUCCGGAUUCUGAUCUUGAGAGGGUGUUCAUCUGGGACUUGGACGAGACAAUCAUCGUUUUCCAUUCCUUGCUCACUGGGUCCUAUGCCAACAGAUAUGGGAGGGAUCCACCUACUUCAGUUUCCCUUGGACUGCGAAUGGAAGAAAUGAUUUUCAACUUGGCCGACACACAUCUAUUUUUUAAUGAUUUAGAAGAAUGUGACCAAGUUCAUAUAGACGAUGUCUCUUCCGAUGACAAUGGACAAGACCUAAGCACAUAUAACUUUGGAACAGAUGGCUUUCCUGCUGCAGCAACCAGUGCUAAUUUAUGCUUGGCAACCGGUGUGCGGGGCGGUGUAGACUGGAUGAGAAAGUUGGCCUUCCGCUACAGACGAGUAAAAGAGAUCUACAAUACCUACAAAAAUAAUGUUGGAGGUCUGCUUGGUCCAGCCAAGAGGGAAGCCUGGUUGCAGCUAAGGGCUGAAAUUGAAGCCCUGACAGACUCCUGGUUGACACUGGCUCUGAAAGCCCUCACGCUCAUUCACUCCCGAACGAACUGUGUGAAUAUUUUAGUAACAACUACUCAGCUUAUCCCAGCAUUGGCGAAAGUCUUGCUAUAUGGUUUAGGAAUUGUAUUUCCAAUAGAAAAUAUUUACAGUGCAACUAAAAUAGGAAAGGAAAGCUGUUUUGAGAGAAUAAUUCAGAGGUUUGGAAGAAAAGUGGUGUAUGUUGUCAUAGGAGAUGGUGUGGAAGAGGAACAAGGGGCAAAAAAGAAUGUGGACUUGGGGAACAGAAAAGGAGGCUUAGCUCUGCAUCUGUCACCUGGAAUAGAGACAGCAUACAUGCCUGCUAACGCCAGCAUGCCCCUCUCUGCACCCAUGGCAGACAUCACCAGCACGCCAUGCCCUUCUGGAGGGUCUCCAGUCACUCGGACCUCAUGGCCCUACAUCAUGCCUUGGAACUGGAGUACCUGUAACAGUCACCUAGCACUUUGAAGCUGCACAGCCGCCCUGUGACCGGGGGACACAUCCACCAAGCUGAGUCCCAACUGGGCGCCAGACUCCAAAUUAACAUUUCAGCAUUUUAACACCCAGCUGCUGUGGGUCCUCGCCUCCACCUCUGUGGGAAAUGAAGGACACCACACCCCUUUCUUCAGAACAGCUGUUGACUCCUAGUACUGUGAAUCCAUUGCAAAUAAGCCAUGAGAAUGUUCUAGCACAAUGUAGUGUGUCUUGGCCACAUUAACUAACCAUGGUUCGAACCUGUGAAGAAAGGACCUGCAGACGCUUUAUGUUUCUAGCAUCUUCAAUGUGACAUAAAACAGCUUCUCCAAUACAGCAAACUUGAUUGCACAACAAAGACUGAAAUGGGUUUCCUGAGUACCAGUGGGGGGAUUUUUCUUGUAAAGGUUUACUUUUUCUGGUGUCUCAUACCCAGGGUCUUCUGUACAUCUCUACUUAUUUAUGAACAGACUUUUAAAGAAAAAAAAAACAGCUUUAUCGAGGUAUAAUUCAAGAACCAUACAGUUCACGCAAACAGACUUUUGACAUCAGAUAACUGAAGAGACAGUAGCAUGACAGAAGCGAUCGAAGGCCCUGGCCUCAUGACACAGCAAGUACUUUGAAUUUUAGCACAUUGCAAAGUAGUUUAAAAUAUGUCUUAUUUAAACGUAUAAUAUGUACAUCACUGAGACAAUCAUGUACAGAAAGAAUUUUUGGUGUAAAUUUGUAAUAAUGGAUGAUUUCUUUUACAUAUUGUUUAGAAAAAUGAUAUUGAAAGGUAGCAAUGCCUUGAUAGUGAAGUAUGAGGAGGGCCGGCACAGACACGCAGGGCCUUCUCCAAGUACUGGGUAUAAAUAUGUAGAUAAUGGAUUUUUUUUUUUUUUUUAGAUCAUGUUGUCAAGACCAAAAGCAUGGAUGUCAAGUGUCAAUAGGAUUUUGAUUUCUAAUUUUUUUCCCCAAUCUGUACUUUUUUUUUUUUUUAAUGCUGUUAGGAGGGCCUUGGUAAAUAACACAUCAGUGUCUUAAAAACAACUGGGGUGGGGGGAGGGGGAGACAAGUCCUCUUACAACCUCACUUUUUCAUUUUUAGCAUUAAUGCAGUGUAACUAUUUGGCAAAGGACAGUUAUUCAAAUGCUUCUUCCCACAGAAAGAAGGUAGAUGAUGGAUAGAUUUUAUAAAUGGGUCGUGAAUUGGACACUAGCAAAGGGACACUAUCAUGUGUCCAGAUGAUAUAUUUUCUUGUUUAAGGAAGGCCAUGACCACAUAUCUGCAAAUCAGCACAACUUUGUAUUACUUCCUUACAUUCAUGUUCUUUCUCUUUCCCUCCACCCCCCCACCAGAAAAGUUCAUUGCCAGCAGUGGGCCAUGAUCCAGUCAUCAUCACCAAGAAAAUAAUGCCACUCUUUUCCCCCCGUCCUAAUUAUACGACAAGCGUAAAUCUGAGAAAUGAAGUUUGUCACCUUUGUAAUACCCCCAAAAAAGUUUAGCCAGAAGUAAUCCAUCCGUUUAUCUAGACACUAGUUUCUCUCAUCUAAAGGCCUUCCAUUGUCAUGAAAUUACUUUUUGGAUGAAUUUUCUUUAAUAGUAUAUUGGAGGGAAAAAAACCCACCAGCUUUGACCCAAAGUAGCUACAGAGCUGCCCUAUCCUUUUCCUAAGGUUUCAUGUUGCUGCUAGAAUUAGUCAGUCGUGAAUAUCUCCAAAUUGUUUAAUCAUUGAAUUCAGUUGUUUUUUCUUCUCUUGCUUGAAGCAAACAGAAGUCAACAGUUUUUUAGCCUUUCCAUUUUAUGUUUUUGUACUCUGCAAACUGAAAAGACAGAAGUUUAUCUUGGCCUUACUGUAUAAAGGUGUGUUGUGUCCACAACUGUGUACAGACUUUUUCUUCAAUUUGUGUUUAAAUUAAUAAAACUGAUUUGUGAAGUACUGUAA